CUUACAGGAUGUAUAAAAUGUUAAUCUUAAACUGUAUGUGAAGUGUGUAAUGAAUAAUUAGGAUUUAUUAAAAAAGGCGAUUAAUGUUCUAAAUGUCAUAUAGGAUGUUUAAAAUGCUCAAGUGAUUUAAAUACUUGUAUUUCUUGCGAAUAAGAUUUAUUUUUAGAAGAAGGAGGUUGUGUUUAGGAUUGUAAUCAUAAUUUUUAUAAAAAUGAAGAAACUAAAGAAUGUGAAACUAUUAUUAAAUGUGAUGAUGGAUUGAAUUAUUGGUAAAAUAAAUGUGUUGAAAAAUGUCCUGAAGUUACUGUAGCGAUAGAUGGAUAUUGUAUGUAAUGUCCUUAAGGUUGCCUUGAAUGUUAGAAUUAAUUUAAAUGUUCUUUAUGUGAUAUAAAAAAAUAACUGGAAUAUAUAAAAAGAUUUUAGUUGUUCUACUAACAAUGGAGAAAACACUUCUACAAACGAUGGAGAAAGCACUUCUACAAAUAAUGGAGAAAGCACUUCGACAAACAAUGGAGAAAGCACUUCUACAAAUAAUGGAGAUAAUCAUAAUUGA